UCAUACAUUCAUAUCUAGAAAGAUCUUUCUGCUGUUUUUCUUGACAAAUAGAGCUCUUAAUCGUCAAGUUAAUCUUUAGUCAGUGGAAAACGUUUUGGGUUUUAAUGUUGAUGUGCUAGGCUAUAUGAAAGGCAAAGUCUAAAACAGAGCGGAAAACAGAUCAAAACGGAGUAAGAUAGAGACAUGAGUCGUCAAAUUCCGAUAUUUGUUGAACCGGGCUACGAAACGACCUUCAAUGAAUCGAGAAGAAGUUCAGAUCCAAUGGGUGGCGAUACAAGACAUGGUCGACAUCUUCGUUUCGACGAUACACCCAGAAUCGAGGAAGAAUUCGAAGAUGCCACCAAUCGAUUUUUCGAGAAAAAUUUACGAAGACGGCACAAUGAUUUUCCGGACCCCGCGUAUUGCGAGAGAGAUUUUCAAUCUCACUCGCCUCCGAGGCAUCAAGAAAGGCCGUUUAGAAGAGGCUUGAAUCCUUCGGAUUUUUUUUUUGAAAGUCCGUCCAGGAGACGAGGUCACUUUGAUGAGAUGAUACAGAGAAUGAUGAGAGAAGACAGCGACAGUUUUGAUUUUUCGGAACCAGAAUUUGGAAAUUUCCAUGUGGAAAAGACAACAGGAAAACGCCACAGCCCCGAAGUUACGAGAAAAAAUCAUGGAAAGGUCACGAAAACUCCGUCAGCUCCUGUUUCUGGCGAAAGAAAUAAAGGAAAAUUUGGAAGGCAAUCUUCCAAUCCGAGCUCUGGUUCAGCUUAUAUUGUAGAUGAUGGAGAGUUUGUGGACAUUCCAGUGGUGGUCAGCAAAGAUGAAAAAGCAGAGAGAAAAGUGGGGAAGGAUGAAAAAGAAAAACUGGAAAAAAAUGAAGCUAAAGAUGAAUCUGUCACGCAAGAAAAUGCCAGAGGAGAAGUCACUGAAAACGAGAAAGAUGAGAUAAAGAGGGAGAGUGAAAACGAUUCUGAAUUAGAGAUAAAAAGUUAUGUGGAUACUACAGAGGAAAAGAAUAACGAUCACAAAGAAGGAAAGGCUAAAAUUGAUGACAAUAAUGAGAAAAAAGAUGUUGAAAGCCAAGGAAAUGUACAGAGCGAGAAAUCGAAAAGUGAACAAGAAACUGAAGGAAAUCAAAUGCCACAAGAAAGCCAACAAAAUGCUCAAAUGCCAGAAAGCCAACAACAUACUCAAAUUCCUCUAGAAAGCCAACAAAAUGCUGAAGUUCCUCUAGAAAGCCAACAAAAUGCUGAAGUUCCUCUAGAAAGCCAACAAAAUGCUCAAUUAUCAAAAAUCAAAAUAAUCGAAGACGAGCUUAAGAAUGUAGUGGAAAAAGUAAGAGUUUUCGAACCAAAUGGAUCCAAAGAAAAUAAUAAAGAAUAUCUCUGGCUUGAGGAAAAACUCAUGAGAAUUUUGAUGGGAUUAGACGCUAUCGAAGCCAAUGGCAGCAAGGAAAUCCGAGGAGCAAGGAAAGCAGUCGUAAAGCGAGUACAAAAAACACUGAAUGAACUCGAAACGAAAUCUGUAUCAUGAGCGAAAAACUAUUCAUGAAAAACCAACAAUGUAACAAAUAUUAGGCUCUUUAUCAAGUUCUGUCACAAACGUUUGGCAAAAAACUUAAUACCGGAAGUAAACUGGUGAUGGUUUCAAUGCCGGAAGUGAACUGGAGAUGGUUUCGCGCCAUAAAUUAAACURGGAUCAAAGGUCACUUUUGGCCGGGACCGAAAUCAGAGGGAGGARGGCGUGAGUGAAACACUCUUUCAAGUGUUAAAUAUGGCUUUUUAAACUAUUAAUAAUCCUUGGAGAAAUUUAAUGCAUAAGCUGCCCAAUAUCCUCACGAAUUAUGAAUGCGUUUGAGAAGGGUUUUUCUCUCUGUUCUCCAGUUUACCUCCAAAAAAAUCAAUAUCUAAAUUCUAAUUUAAUCGGGUGUUGAAAGCUUACAACACGAGCCUCUAGAUUGGGAUACCUGACCAAUCACUCUCUGCUCUUUGAUAAAAAUAAAUUAGAUAAAAUGAACAGGAUUAUCUGUUGUGGAUAUAAAUCAAGGAUUAUACUUAUUCAUUUGUCUCAUGAUUGUGGCAGUUAGGUGGGCUGCACUGUUUCAACUGCCACUGCUAAUUUUCAUCAUGUGACGAUGAAAAUAACUUUAUUUUUUAGAUUUAGGUUUUGCUCAACAUUGAUCUUUAAUGUAACUUUAAACCUUUUCUAGAAUAAAACGAAAAUGCUAAUAGUCUUAAUGGUAA